CGCCUGCCGCAGAGUCCGACCGGCCACCUCCCGCAGCGGCUUGUCCCCUGUUUGCGUCCUGCUCCACAUCCACACCCAUCCUCCUCACCACCACCUUCGCGCGCCGCAUCCCUUCGCGCGCCUCCAUCACACACACACCUCCACACCCGCUAGCUCAGCGCAGCUAGCCAGACAGUCAGCCAUGGCCUUCGGUCCCUCCUCCACCGAGCGCGGCCGCGAUGCCGUCAUCAGCUCGGGACGUGGCGGCGCGGGCAACAUGACGCGCUCUCCCUCUCGCGAUGCCGCCGCGGCGCGCGAGGGCCAGGAGCACGCCGCGCAGGUGCAGUACGCCAAGAAGCAGACCUUCGUCGCAGGCGGUCGCGGCGGCGUCGGCAACGUGCGUUCGCCGAGCCGCGACCCCAAGGACCGCGUCAAGAUGCAGGCCGAGGAGGAGAAGGAGGCCAGUAUCCAGGCGCAGGCGAUUGCCAAGGAACGCCAGAACCCGCACACGACCGGCCGUGGAGGUGCCGGAAACGUCAAGAGGGAGAGCAGCACGGAGAGAGGCGCCGAUGACCGUGGACGAAGCUCGGGUGGAGUGGGCGCGGCGAUUCGCUCUCUCUCGCGCUCCCGCUCGCGCGAGCCUCGUGCCUCGAGCGGCCAGCGCACGGCCACGACGGCCGAUGCCGGCUCGCUGGCCGCAGUCGACGAGACGGCCUCGUCGCACUCGGGCUCGACCAACGGCACUGCCAAGCACGAGGGCUUGGCGAGCAAGCUCGCCAGCCAUCUGCCGGGUCAUGGACACAAGUAGUCCGGCCCCUGGACUUGCUGCGCAUGAGAGCAGCGCACUCUGAGAGAGGGCACCGCCAUGCAGUGCGUGCGCCAUCAAGCGCAAUCUGCGGUGCGCAGAUCCGGCGCAGCGCAAGGAGGCAUCGCAUGGCCUAGAGCCUCUCUCUCUCUUCUUCUCCACCGACUUGGUCCGUCUCCUCUCUCUUGUCUCUUUCUUCUCGCGCUCGACGGCUUUCGAAAUCGAGCCUCGACUCUCUUGCUCUUUGCCGGACGGAGCGCAGAUGGGAAGGCGAUGUGCGGCCUUGAGUCGCUCUCUUCCUCCGCCAGCUGCCCCUCCCUCUUCCUCUCUGCGCCUGCUUCCUCUCGUUUCUACUCUUGAGAUAUCCCACCGACCUUUGCUCUGCAAAUCCCACCACUCUCUCUAACCCUGCCUGCCUUGCGCCUCUCCCCUUUGCGGCCUAGCAACCCCUGUACUUCCCUUGCUCGUG